UCACAAAGCCCGACUCACCUAUGGACGCAGUAAAGUAACGAAUUCGUCUGCCUCCCCCAUCGCCGUUUGUAGGUCACCGCUACAAACAUAGCUGGCCAUGACACGCCACGCGGCCAUCCCCAAAUAUAAAGAAUAAGAAACGCUCCUUAUCACGCUCCAUACAACCACUACAAGAAAUAUAUCCAUAUGUUACGCUACGCAACUGAUAAGGAGAUAAGAAUCCAGUACAUAAGGAGGUGUGUCAACGUUACGGAAUGUAGGUACUAGGCUGACAUACAUAGUGUGGGCGUCACAUGUGACGGUAUUCGGGUAAUGUGACACGUGUGUGCGGGUGGAGGGUGGUGGGGGGUAGGCGGGACCGGGGGCGGGCCCCACGGGCGGCCACUGCCCGCCGGCGCACGCAGCGAGCCUCGGCAUUCGCGCGACACCGCCGCUCCGCGCGCCCGUCUGAUUCCCCAUUCCGCGCUCGCGCUCCGUACGCGCCGCACGUCCGCGCCUGUCCCGUGUGUGCAGUGUUACGAACUGGACCGAGUGACUAACUUUGACUUCAGUGAGCUAUGCGCCGGAAUUGAAACACGAAAGGGUUAUAAGUACGCGCACGCGCGUCCGAAAGCAGCAUGGAAGAAAAACCGGAGGAACAUUACAGCUUACGCUGGAAUAACCACCAAGCGCACCUCCUCCGCUCGUUCGAAGCUCUCCUGCACGCCGAGACCUUAGUGGAUGUGACGCUAGUAUGUGCCGAACGUCGCGUCCGCGCCCACAAGGUGCUGCUCGGCGCCUGCAGCCCGUUAUUCCGACGGAUUUUCAGCGAGAACCCUUGCAAGCAUCCGGUCAUCGUGUUAAAAGAUUUCCAAGGAUGGGAGGUGCAGGCGGUUGUGGACUUUAUGUACCGUGGCGAGGUGUCUGUGGCACAGGAGCAGCUAGGGACUGUGAUACGAGCCGGGGAGUCGCUGCAAGUGCGGGGGCUGGCGGAUCACGAGCGAGAGGAGAGCGCACGGUCGUGCACGCCGCGCAGCCCGGUGGCGGCCGACCCGCCGGCGGCCUCGCCGCCCGCGAGCCCGGCGAGUCCUCAGCCUAGGAGGAAGCAAGCUCGUCCGAGGCGUCGUUCUGGAGAAUCUGACACGCCCGAGAACUUGUCGAUGCGUAGAUCGCCGGGUGAUGGAGGCUUGAAGGCGGUGAGGCUGGCGCGCCCGCGCUCGCCGCCGAAGCAGGAGGCCGAAGAGGCCGAGGAGGCUCCGCCACCGCCCCGCAUGUUCCCGCCGCACCAGGACCUCUACCCGCCAGUGCCGCCGCAAGCCGUCUCAGCCCUAUCCCUAACGCCGCCUCACAACCAACCGUUGGCACCCUGGCGACGGUCGGAGCUUGCAGAACAACUUUACAUGUUCGGCAUCGACUCUCCGCUGGGCCUCUUCCCCCCCGGCAUGGACAAAAUGUACCCCCUGAUGGACGUGGAGCACCGCGCGCCGCCGCUCGACGCACAACUCUUUACCAACGUUAAAAAGAAAUGGCGACCGAAAGGCCAGCACAGCGCGCCGCGCGGCGGGCCACCUCGAUCGUGGACAAACGCGGAACUGACAGAGGCUUUGCAACACGUGUGGAACAAGAAGAUGACGACCAGUCAAGCGUCGAGAAUCUUCGGCAUUCCGUACAAUUCAUUACUGAUGUAUGUUCGCGGGAAAUACGGGAAGAGUCUAAAGCUUGAACAAUUACGUAAGGACUGCAUCGGCGGGCCGCUAGACGCGCUCGGGAUGCACUCCGGCAACAACAACAACAACCAUCCACCAGGAAAACACCACGACAAAGACGAGCAUGGAGGAGGGGGCGGCGGACAGCGGCCGGCCAGCUCAGAACCUGACAUCGCUUCAAGUCCCAUGUUCAAUCCCUUCACGCAAGGGUUUUAUCCGGAGUUUCCUCCGGGGUUCCCGAUGCCGCUGAACAUGCUACAUCUGCUGCCCCCGGGAGACAAGGCGCGCGAGCUAUACCAGUCGAUGCCAAUGGCUUUAGACUCGCUCGCCGCCGUAGCUAAAGAAGAGGACUGCAAGAGCGACCGCUCCAAAGAGAACUCUGAGAACGAGGAGGGCGAGUCGUACCGCGCGCCGCACGCGACGCACGCACCGCACCCGCCCGACAACCGCGCACUCUUACACCACAACGGGCAGGACUAGGCACCCCUCUUUAGUUCACCGUAGCACCGUACCUUAAUUUUACGUCUGACGUGUUCCGAUCUCGCCUCCCCGCGCGAGACUGAAACUUACUGCCGUUUCUGAAAUACGACUGUUUUAAAAGUUGUGAUCUGUUUUGUUGCAGCUAUUAUUCCGAACUACUUAUAGACAUUAAACAUUUUAUUUAGCUUUUAAAACAGUCAGCUCUUAUUGGUCGGCACUGACGAUUUCGGUCUCGAGCGCCGCGGCGAGGUCUUCUAGUAUUCUGGAAACAUUCCGGAGCUCGCGGCGAGCGACGUCCACAUUUAAAUUAGUUAAAUUUAUAUUUAAAGAUGUGUUAAUAUUGUAAAUGUAUAUGAGAUCGCGUAUAAGUGAUAGGCGAUAAUUUAUUAUUCCGAAGGAGUGCAAUAAGUAUGAAAGGUGUUGUGAUUGUUAUCGUUAGUGACCGCGGCCGCGGUGCUCUGUUUGUUACAUUCCGUUCCCAUUCCAUGUGCGUUGUUCGCUCCUGCGUUUUCGCACUGUUACUUACGGUGAAUUCUAUACGUUACCUAUAUUAUUAUUAUUAUUUUAAAGAACCGUUCCAUUCUUGCCCUAGACGUGUCCUGUAGAUAUUAUGUUUGUGCGAGUUCUUCUGCAAUUCACCAAAGUUUGUAAAAUAUUUCGUAAUAAUAGUUAUAUUCGAUGAUAAACAAUUUUAAAUGUAAAUAUUAAUUGAUAAAUUAAUGGGAUAUAAAUUUAAAUUAGCUACUAAUGAGGAGACAUUCGGUGUCUAAAAUGGUAAAUAGUAGUGUAUUUGUAAUUGUUGUAGUAUUAGUGAGGUGACUACAGUGAUCGGUUCGCGCCGGCUAGGUUCCCCGCACUCGCCCGCCACCGGCGGUGUAUGGGCCCUUUAUUUAACGACACGGAUCUCCAAAUUGUCACGUAGACAUACGUUUUGUGUUGAUAAGGCCCCGGGUAUCAGUGCAGUGGAACCGCGCGCGCCAGGUUAGACAAAUAAAGGUAUCUGCACUCAAUGUUCAAAUCAAAAGGAGCUUUUCAAGAUUUUAGUGAAUAUGUAAUAAUGAAGUUAGAAUUAAACAAGACUCGGUCCUACCUGGCUUUAGAUAAUUGUAUACCGAUGAUUUCGUAAAUAGAUUUACCACGUGAUUAGAUAGACUUGUGUAUAUACGGUUUAUUUCUGUAUAAUUAUUGUUCCGUUGAGAAUGGUUGUUCGAGCACCCCACAUGUAUAUUGCGUUGUGUAGAUAUUGGAAUAGUUUUCCGUUGAAGCAGCGAGGGCCCCGCACCCCGGGCGCCCUCUACCGACAAGACUGAACACUAUUUACGACUCUAUUUUAUAUAACGACUGUAAAUGACAUAAUCACAGUUACUCCGCAGCUCUCAGGCAUACCGUAGGUACACUACUAGUGUCACGUCAUAUAACAAUAUUAUCGUUACAGGGAUUUUAUAUAAUUAUAAACGAAUUACAUUAUAUAUUUGAAUAUGUACUAUAGUUUUACAGAUCAGAAUUCUAUUGCUUUAAUUUUCCUUUUUAGCUUACUAAUGUUACCGAUUUUGUCUCCGAGCGCUUGAUCACAUGUAAUAAUUUGUAAAUGUAAAAUAAGGUUAAUGAAAUAAGUCGCUGUCAUGGAUUAAUGUUUAGCAAAGACUCGGGAUCGUGUGAAAAGUUACAUUAUUGUGCCAAAUAAUCGAAUUCAACACCAUUAAUAAUUUAAAAAUAUUCACAGCACAUUUUUAAUACAGCUUCACGGAUGUGUAGGUUUUAUAAUUAAUUUCCUCAUCAAAUGUUUUUAUGACGUUUUUACUUGAAAUCUGUGACAAACAUUUGUCGAGAUACUUUAUUCUUUAUUUAAUUUGUGUUACGACUUGUGGUUGACUGGUUGUACAUGUACAUUGUGUUGUCGGUCAUUAUUUACCUAAUUCGUACAAAUUCAGCAGUAUUAAGAGUGAUUUUGUUAAAGUUUUUAAUGGAGGCGUUUUAAUUAAGUUUUGUUAUUUGUUAAUGAUACGUACUGUGGUUGAGUAAUUGUUUUGACGAGUGCCGAGCUCCGCUCCGCUAACUAGGUUUCCUUGUCUCGGAGUCCUGAGUUACAAUUUGGUUACGAGUUCCUUCUAACCAUGUUAACCUCCGUCUUCUAGCACUUGAUCAAAAUUGUAUAUUUUAAGGCACAUUUUCGAUUGUGAACGAUGUACAGGAGUAUUCACCCAGGAGCCAAAUGUAAGGACGUAAAGAAUUAAUAUAUAGUGACGUAAAUACUUAUGUUUAGUUGAUAAACAUGUGAUUGUGUUAAUUUAGUAGAUUCAAAUAUUUAGUUCCUUCAUUUUUGUUACAAGUAUUUAUAAAUUGUAAUUGCAAUGAUUUAGUUUUAGAUAAUUGUUCUCUCCGAUAAAGAUUAUAAUUAAUUAUUACUUGAGUAAUUUAAUUUGUUGUAUUUUUGCUUAAUAUAAUGACAAAUUAAAUUAAAUGAUAUCGUUACAUUAGGGUGUAAAAAAGAUUAUCUAUUUGAUCUUAAAUAAUACGAAAAAAUAUUUAUGUUCUAGUAUCAUUCUAUCGUGUAAUUUGACUUGAAAGGAUGGAGCGUUGUAGUAAAAUUCGUUUACGAUCACCGACGUAAAUAAAUUGUAAAAAAUAAAAAUAUUAAAUCCCG